ACUCACUUUUUUGGGUGUAUUCAGUGCACUCGCUUCAUGACCGUCAUUUUAGACAUGCGAUUUAUGUCAAAAUGAUGUCAAUCAUCACUUAUGAUGUGAUGAACAAUAACGCACAUGAAUUUGCACAAAAAAAACAUUAAAGAUUUACUUUAAUUUGAAGGAUUAGAGUUUAGAGAUUUAGGAUUAGGGUUUAUAAUUUGGGGUUUACGGAUAGAACUCAAAAUUGGAGGUCUAGGGCUUAGGGUUAUCCACUAAUUAGUUGUUAUCAUAUGUUAUAUCAUCAUAUUACACUAAUUCUACAUCUUAAAAUUCAAAAUUCGACACCUUAAGACUAGUUUUUGAGUUGGGUGCAUUGAACGCACUCAUUUUUUGGUGUGCAAUGGUUCUAUUCUGUACAGCCUGAAUCGGACCAAACUCACGAGAAGCGCAGUACAUUAGUGAAGGAUAUCCUAAGACCAAGGACCGAACCAUAUUUGCAUUCGGUACAUUUGGUCCAGUUCGGUCAAGUCCAAAUAUCUGUUCGGUCCAUCAUUUCUUCGGUAAUUAUAAAAUUCAUGAGUACCAAGAACCGGAUCGCAUUAUACUUGGUUCGAUCUGGUCCGGUCUUAAUGUCGGUUUGGUCCGGUGUAUUCCGGUAAGGACCAGACCAUUGCACAACCCUAUAUAUACCUCUUCCUGUCGAAAUAAGCGGCAAAGGAAAAUCACAAACUCUCGUGAACUCGUUUGAAACUUAUCUCAUUUACUAAUAAUUUGAGUUUGAGUUAAGUCUUGUUCUGCUCAUAAAGUUCACGAGCUAGCUUGAUUAGGUGUCUUUUGAACUCAACUCAUGAGCUGGCUCGUUUAAAGUUCAUGAGAGUUUCAACAUUAUGGCUAGAGAGCCAAAUCGACUACCGACUUAUAUAUGAGCGAACUGAUCUAUAUCAUAAGAUUUUGAAAUUAUAUGUAUCCCCAUAUAUAUGAUUUUUAAGACAAUGAGUAUGUGAACAAGUAUGUCUUAUUUUUAAUUUUUAAUAAGAAAUUAUGUCUCAUAGAUUUGCUUUGUUACUAUGCUCCAGAAGUACUAUACUAUACCACAUGUACUAGUCCGAGUGACAUAUCUUCAUCUAGACCAUGAAUUAAAUCGAGUUUGGGGUAUGAUACUAUACUCUAACCUCUAAUUGAUAACCCUUGGCCAGGAUUCUCUAAACCCAAACUCGAAGUUUAAUUUUAUAAAAAAAAUAUACCAGUCGUUACCAACUAAAUAAUAUGAUACCAACAAAGUAUAACAUGGAUUAGAUAAUGAUGAAAAUUGACUAUUAUUCUUUUUAUCAUCAUUAUAUCAAUCACCUGUAUAAUGAGAUAAAAAAAAUGAAUGUAUUAAACACAAAUCAAGAUUUUUGUAAAUGAAUCUAACUCGAGCUCAAAUCGACCCGACUUAUUAAUAAGUAAGAUGAUCUCGAACUCGAUUUAUUUAUUAGUAAACCAAGCGCGAAUUAUAAUAAAGUUCGGAUGAGUUGACUUGGGAGCCCUUUCUAACAUAAGUCAAAAGUAGUCCCCUCUCAACGCUAUAUUUGAAACUCAAGUUCCUUAUUCCGUCAAUUUGAGGUUGAAACAUAUCGAUAUGCUACAAAAUAGCUAUAUCUAAAAUGACAAAUUAAUUAACAUUCAAAAUGGGUGGAAAGGUAGCUAAAGUAAUCGUAGUUGUAGAAGUGGAUACGUAAUUAUUGCUUAUCAGAAUCUCAGCUUUUGUAGCCAUCUAUGUUUGAUUAGUUGCGUGCUGGAAUCGUUCCGAUCGACCAAACCGAUGCAAAUUUGUCAGUUGCGGAGACAUUGGAAGUGGGUGAUCCAGGCUUAAUUUAUAUCUUUUUUUACAAAUUUAUUUUCAUGUUUUAUAUUGUUUUUUAUAUAAAACGUGAGAAUAAUAUUUUUUAAACUAAUAAAAACCGAGUAAGAAGCUUCAAUUUGGUGAAUUAUUUCCCCAAAAUAUAUACUACUUACACUAAAAAAAUCUUGCAAUAUCAUAUUUACACUAAAAUUUCUAAAUUACAAGGAUUUAAUGUAAUUCGUCGUUGUGUCAAGCGAGUUAGAUAGUAGUUCCCUUGACUCAUGAGCGAUCUACACAAGAUCCCGGCCAACCAAAACGAACCCAGCCUAGAUCGUGAUAAUCUACUGGAGCGAUCCACCCAGAUCGCUGAUAAUUCUAGCUAUCAUGCCCUCAAAAACCGUUACAUAACCCAACGAUCUACACAUAACGACACGUGUCGAAACUUCACAAAGCUGCAACUUUACACUCGAAUAUCCGAACGUAACAACUUUUUUUAUACUGCCUAACUUUUUCAGAUCUUUUGAGAUCUCUUUAUUUAAACUUUGUUUGAAGAAAUUUUCACCCAUUUCAUAAUUUAGAUGAUAUGGAUCCCAAGAGAAGCAUGAUGACAAUGAAUGAUGAAUGUACUUGUCCAAAAUCUGAAGCAGAGUCUUUUGAAACACUUGACAACAAUGAUUUUGUCCUUUCACCUACGUAUGUCAAGAGAGACAACAAUAGUGAUCAUCGACUUCGAUCUCUUCAUAAUAUCAAAUAUACAAAAUUAACACCUCUCUAAUUGGUUACAAGUCGCCGUCUUCCUCACCCAUUCCCACUUGCGCUCUCUAACUAUAAAAAAAAAAAGCAUGCAGUUCAUCAUUAAUUCACCCUCAUCAGUCAUCAGUCAUCACCCAAAAAUACAUUUUCUCCAAUCCCCCGACGUCCGUCCGUCCGUCAUCAUGCCGAUUCGACAACAUCAAAACUGGUUGCUGGCGGCCCUAUCAUUAUCACUGAUAAACAUUCCGGCCGGCGACGCGGCCUACAACUUCUCGGUGGUGAACAAGGCUCCGAUCACCACGCCGGGGGGCUCCCGUUACGCCAACGAAAUCGGCGGCGACGAGUACAGCUCGUUUGCGAUGUCCGAAGCCGCGGAUGUCGUUGUGAGCGUGCUGGGCUUCUACGAUCCCAAGCCCGUCACCCAAAUCAGCCUAAUCAUCGAGGAAGACGAUAUUGUUCACGCUGGUAACGAGGGCUGCGCCUAUUACAGCAACGGCAGCAACAAUAUCCACGUUAGUGGGAGGUACCUAGGCGACUACGAGGGCGCCGACGUGAGGAAGGAAUUCUCCGGCAUGAUUCACCACUGCAUGACGCUAGUGUGGCUGUGGAACGGCGACGGUCAGGCCCCCGCCGGGUUGCUGACAGGGAUCGCCAGCUUCGUGCGGGCGUACGCCGGUCUGACGCCGGCGGCCGGGAGCAAGACGACGACGACGACGAGGUUCGGGGACGGGGAGAGGUGGGACCAAGGGCACGAGGUGACGGCCAACUUCUUGAUUUACUGCGAGGCGCUGCGCCACAGGUUCGUGCCUGAGCUGAACGGGAAGUUGAAGUACGGCUACGCGGACGGCUUGUUCCACGACUUGACGGGGAAAACCGUUGAAGAGCUUUGGAAGGAUUACAAGACCGAGUUUGGAAAUAGACUAAUUAGUAAUACCGUAACUAAUUAUAAUAAUAAUGAGAUUAGUUAUUAAGUAAAGUACUGGCCGGCCGGCCGGCGAUCGUCAACGUUAUUACGGCACUACUAAUUUACAGUUUUAUCAGUAAUCAAUCAGUUUAGGCAGCCACAUUUGUGUACGUGGCGUGGCCUGAAUGGAAUGGUGUAGCAGCUUGAAUUAAUGUUUCUACGGACUACAUUUACGUGUGUCUUUUUUUUUUUUUUGGUAAGAAAUUUACGUGUUUCCCGAUCAAGUAUGAGUGAAUAACAGUUAUAAUACUAGUAAUAGAACGGUUAAGUGAUAUAUAAGAUAAAAGAAAUAUAUAAUAUGCUAAUUUAGAAAUUAAUUUAUCACUAAUCAUAAAUCAUCCAUAACCACGAUAUUAAAAAUGUAAAUAUCCUUAUCACUAAAACUAGCUCUGUGCCCGGCAGUGGCGGACCUAGGAUUGUUGGAGAGGUGUGUCGCCGCUAACAUAGAAUAAUAAUUAAAUAAAAAAAUUAAGUAGAGAUUAAAAGAAAUUAAUUUAUGAAGUUCACAAUGUCAUUUUACAACGAAUCACGACGACUUUUCAUCUGCUGAAAUGUCUCUAAAAUACAUUCAUCACUUAUGCUGCAAAGCAAAUGUUUUUCAAUAUACACAACUUAACAAUCAUUUAUAAACAAUGAUAUUAUACUCUAACCCCCAAUGUGUGAACCGCAAUCCCCAAUUCACUAACCUAACAUAAGAUUCAUUUAAUCUUGAAAAAUGAAAAUCAAUGAUUCUGAUUCGUCGAAAUUAUUGUUGAGUUUCAUUUUAAGAUUGACCAAAUUUUGCCGUUUGGGUUAGAAAAUUAGGGAUUGGGGUUCACCCAUUAGAGGUUAGGAUAUAGGAUCAUGCCCCAAAGUCAGGUUAAUUAUUUAUCUAAAUAGCAAAACCCAAUUGGCAUACGGUGGUCGGACGUACGCUAGUCUGAACUUAUAUUUAUAUAUUUUGAUAACUUAUGACAAUAAAUUUCCAUAAACACAAUGGAGUUGUGUCGGAUACAAUGAUCAGAGGUGUGUCGAAAAUCCCGAGAUCAAAAUUUUAGUACCGACGAAUUAGGGGUCUUUCACAAAAUUUUCGGGCGGAGGUGUGUCAGAUGACACACCUCCCUUGUGCCUAGGUCCGCCCCUGGUGCCCGGCCCUUGGCCGGGUUGGUUUUUGUCAAGGUUGUGUUGUUAUUAAGCUCUUUUCUUCUAUGGUGUUCAAGUGUGACCUAAUUUUUGAUUGUAUGUCAUAUGGACACAUACUAUCUGAUUGUUAGUGUUGUGUGCUUUGUUGUGCCAAAUAUUUUACUCAAAUAUGAAAUGGUAAAAAGGCAACAUUGGGAAAGUUGUUCAAGAUGCAUAAAAGAAGUGUUCAAGAUAAUGUUUAUUUUCCAUCUUGUAAUCUUUUGUAAGAAAUUGUAUUCUCAACAAUCUAUCUGCUCGGAUGUAACUUUCCAAGUUCAUGAUCUUAACGUUGCAUUAUUAUCUGGGUGUUACAGUUAAGCAUGUUGCUGCAACUCCAAAAUGCAUAUGAGGACUGCAGUACUUUUCACAUCUUGGAACCUAGUGUUGUUGUUGCUAUAAUUUGGGAAAAAUUCCAAGUUACACAUGCUUUUAAAAAAAAUUCUCAAAAUACACACGUUAUGAAAAUAAUUCCCAAUCUACGCAUGUUUGGGCCAUCACCGCUGUCGACGAAGACAGUGAUUGCAUCACCGUUGUCGACGAAGACAGUGAUUGCAUCACCGCUGUGAAGACAGUGAUUGCAUCACUGCAGUACACUGCCGCGGUGAAGGCCUGACCUGCGUCGAAACUUUAAACAAAUGUAACUUUGUGCU